AUGUUGAGAAUUAAUAAUAAACAAGUGCAAAAAGCAACAAAGCAAUUUGUUCGUAACGCUUCUUCACACAAGGAAUUGAAAUUCGGAGUCGAGGGAAGAGCUGCAUUGUUAAAAGGUGUCAACACUUUGGCUGAUGCUGUCUCCGUUACCUUGGGUCCAAAGGGUAGAAACGUCUUGAUUGAACAACAAUUUGGUUCACCUAAAAUUACCAAGGAUGGUGUAACUGUUGCCAGAUCAAUCACCUUGCAAGACAAAUUUGAAGACUUGGGUGCUAAGUUAUUGCAAGAAGUUGCUUCAAAGACCAAUGAAAGUGCCGGUGAUGGUACUACCUCAGCCACUGUAUUGGGAAGAUCCAUCUUUACUGAGUCGGUCAAGAAUGUUGCUGCAGGAUGUAACCCAAUGGAUUUGAGAAGAGGUUCUCAAGCUGCUGUUGAGGCUGUUAUUGAAUUCUUGCAACAAAACAAGAAGGACAUCACCACCUCAGAAGAAAUUGCUCAAGUUGCCACUAUCUCAGCCAAUGGUGACAAGGCUAUUGGUGAAUUGUUGGCUUCUGCCAUGGAGAAAGUUGGUAAGGAAGGUGUCAUUACUGUUAAGGAAGGUAAAACUUUGGAAGACGAAUUGGAAGUCACUGAAGGUAUGAAAUUUGACCGUGGUUACAUCUCACCAUACUUUAUCACCAACACCAAGACUGCUAAAGUUGACUUUGAGAACCCAUUGAUUAUGCUUUCUGAAAAGAAAAUCUCAAACAUCCAAGACAUCUUGCCAUCAUUGGAACUUUCGAACCAAACCAGAAGACCAUUAUUGAUUGUUGCUGAAGAUAUCGACGGUGAAGCAUUGGCUGCAUGUAUUUUGAACAAAUUGAGAGGUCAAGUGCAAGUCUGUGCUGUUAAGGCACCAGGUUUCGGUGACAACAGAAAGAAUAUCUUGGGUGAUAUCGCCAUCCUCACUGGUGGUACCGUUUUUACCGAAGAGUUGGACAUCAAGCCAUCUGAGGCCACUUUGGAACACUUGGGAAGUGCAGGUGCCGUUACCGUCACCAAGGAGGACACUGUUGUUCUCAACGGUGAAGGUUCAAAAGAGAACCUUGAACAAAGAUGCGAGCAAAUCAGAACCGUUAUUGACGAUGCCGCAACCACCGAGUACGAAAAGGAGAAAUUACAAGAAAGAUUGGCCAAGCUUUCGGGCGGUGUUGCAGUGAUCAAAGUUGGUGGUGCCUCAGAAGUCGAAGUUGGUGAAAAGAAAGAUCGUUAUGAGGAUGCUCUCAACGCCACUAGAGCUGCUGUUCAAGAAGGUAUCCUUCCAGGUGGUGGUACUGCAUUGAUCAAGGCCACCAAGAUCCUCGAUGAAGUUAAAGAAAAAGCUGAAAACUUUGACCAAAAAUUGGGUGUUGACACCGUCAAAGCAGCAAUCACCAAGCCAGCAAAGAGAAUCAUUGAAAAUGCCGGUGAGGAAGGUGCUGUUAUCGUUGGUAAGGUUUACGACCAACCAGAAUUCAACAUUGGUUACGACUCAGCUAAAGGCGAAUUCACUGACAUGUUAGCUGCAGGUAUCAUUGACCCAUUCAAAGUUGUCAAGAAUGGUUUGCAAGAUGCUGCAGGUGUUGCCUCAUUGUUGGCAACCACCGAGUGUGCUAUUGUCGAUGCUCCUCAACCACCUGCUGCUGGUCCUCCAGCCGGCAUGGGUGCUGGUAUGGGCGGAGGUAUGCCAGGAAUGUUUUAA